AUGGCACAAACGCGCGGCGCAACCGGCAAUGCGAAGCCCCGAGUCUUCUCCACCGUCUCGACCGACCCAGUCCGCAAACGCAAGACCACUACCGCCGCAGGCACGAAGAAGCCAACCGCCAAACCAAAGACUACGGCUGGAGGGGGAGUUGGCAAGAAGCGCGCCGGCCCGGCCACAAAGCACAAGAGAAAGCCAACCAUCACAGACAAGAUCGAGGGCGCGGUCGAGAGAGUGAUUGGCACGAUUGAGAACAAGCCUGGCAAGAAGGCAGCCGGCACGAAGAAGAUGAGAGGCACCGAUGGCAAGGGUAGCAAGACUGCUAAAGUCGCGAAAGUCUAG